UUGCAUUAUGUGUGUGAAACUGGAGAGAAGAUAAAAGAACACGCGGAAGCCUUUCGGUGCACACACUCCGCACUGAUCCGCACAAGUCACUGCAGCGCAGUGUGAAAACACCAGCCAAGAUGUGUUGCGCAGGCUUUCUCAAACUGAUGAUGUUCAUCUUCAAUGGCACCAUUUUUGUAGCAGGUGCUGCCGUGCUGGGAGUGGGCAUUUGGGUGAAGGUGGACAGCAAUUCCUUCAUGGGAAUACUUGACGGCGUGGAGGCCCUUCCGCCGGAGGUGUCCCAGGUGGCCAACGUGGGCUACCUGCUCAUCGGCGUGGGCGCCGUGCUGCUGGUCAUCGGCUUCCUGGGCUGCUGCGGCGCCGUCAAGGAGAGCAGGUGCAUGCUGCUGACGUUCUUCAGUAUCGUGCUGGUUAUAUUCCUCAUCGAGGUUGCCGGUGCCGUGGUGCUGCUCGUUUUCAAGGACGUGGCGGUGCACGUCUUUGACAGUCUCGAGGGUGAAGUCCAGAAAAACCUCGCCGGCGAGUACGGAAGAGACGAGAGCCUGACGUCGCUGUGGAACACCACGAUGGAAGGGUUCCAGUGCUGUGGCUUCAGGAACUACACCGAUUUCAAUGGCUCCCCCUUCCAAGUCCAAAGCGGAGGCUUCUUUUAUCCAUCCCAGUGUUGCAACGGGACGCUCAUCGGCAAAAUGUGCAGCCAAUCGGCGGCGGGCCUCGCCGCAGAACUGGAGUUGGUGGACGGCUGCUUCGGCAAGCUGCUGCUGCUCAUCGAGGAAAAUGCUGUGAUCAUUGCGGGCGUGGCUCUCGGAAUCGCCGCACUUGAGAUUGCUGCCAUGGUGGUUUCAAUGGUUCUCUACAAGCAGAUUGGCAGCAAAGCAUGAUAAUCACUGUUUUUUGUAUUUUGUUAUUUAAUAAAGACAGAUGAUAAAUUCGCUUGUCAGCUGUUCCCAAUAAGUAAAGGUGGUCUGGCCAAAACUGACAUGAAAGGCUUGUUUUGACAUGUUUACCGUACGUUCUCAAAAUCAGCAACAAAAUUGAGCUUGUGUGUCCUCUUGUCUCAGUGAUUGACAGUGAUUUAUUUAUGUUUCAAUGCCUGUCAGGAGCUGGCAUUGUACAAGCGGAAUCAUUCAGCAUGUAAUGUAAAAAGAAUCUUUAAAAAAAAAAAGCACACCCUUGCUAACGUGAUGAGUUUAUUUUUUAUAUAUUGAAUCCCUUGGAGAAAUAAAGGUGAACGUUCAUGUUCAGUUUACAAAUUGA